CGUUUGCUGUGGACGUCCAUGAGCCGCGCUGUCCGUCGCCUUGUCUCGCUCUCGCAGCGCGCUGCAAUUGCUGCGCGCGCGCCCACCCACGGCGCCAUGGCCAUGAGCUUCCACUCGAUGCGACCGAUCGUAAAGCCGCGCAUGACUGCUGUCUUUGCCGUGCCCUCGCGCUCGAUGUUUAUCCAGACGGAGAACACGCCCAACCCGCACAGCAUCAAGUUUCUUCCGGGUCGCGCCGUGCUUGACGAGCGCUUCACGACGGGUGUUGACUUUACGCCCAAGUCGCCCGAAGUGCGCCAGUCGUUGCUCGCGAAGGAGCUCUUCACGAUCCACGGCGUCACGCGCGUCUUCUUUGGCAAGGACUUCAUCUCGGUGACGAAGACCGAAGAUGAAGACUGGGAUCUCUUGCGCGGCCAAAUUUUCGCGACCAUCAUGGACUUUUACGCGACGGGCAAGCCCAUCAUGUCGGACAAGCCGGUCAUUACGGACACGACAAUCUUGGACGACGACGACGAAGUCGUUGCCAUGAUCAAGGAGCUCCUUGAGACCCGCAUUCGCCCGGCCGUCCAGGACGACGGUGGUGAUAUUUUUUACAAGGGCUUUGACGAAGAGACGGGGAUCGUCAGUGUCCAGCUUGCGGGCUCGUGCGCGGGCUGCCCGAGCUCGUCUGUGACGCUCAAGAAUGGUGUCGAAAACAUGCUUAUGCACUACAUCCCGGAAGUGCAAGGUAUCCUCGAAGUCGUGGAUGAAGAGCUCAACGAAAUCAACGAGAAGGAGUUCCAAUCGUUGGAGGCGCGGCUGCGUGCGGCUGGUAUUCCGUCGAUCUAAGCUGCGGCCAAACAAUUGUAAUACGACAUUGUUACGAUGCCAGCUGCACCGGCACGUGAUCAUGCACGAGAUCCCGAUGCCGAGUUUGCUCAGGGGUCAAGCAAGGGUGAUCUCAAUUCGCUUUGGGCCCUGCAUCUCUGAACGCAAGCUCAGUAUGGUUGUUGCGUUAUAGUUGAGCGUCACUGCAGAACCGUGUGUGUCCUUUG